AUGCAGCACGGUUUCUGCCCCGCGCGGAGUGUCUCUGCCUUGGAACCUGUGGACGUGGUGUCGUGCCACCUUCGGAUUUCCAGGAACUUAAAGGAUAUGCCUUUUGUGCCGCACAUGCAGCGUGCUGAUCGGACGGAGGUGGAACAACGCAUCGUGUCAACCCUGAUGGGGCACGGUGCCUACUAUCCUCUGGCGGGAUCCACCAGCUUCGCGGCCAAGCCCUAUGGCAUGGACGCUUCCGAGGAAAAGAUGCUGUUGGACGACGGCCUCCUCUUCCAUGAGCCCGACAGUCCAGCGGUGCUCUCCACCGGGGGCGGCCGGCACUGGCCCGAAGGCCGCGGCGUGAUGCUCUUGCAGGGCAGUGAAGGUGGCAAUGUCUGGGCCUGGAUAAAUGAGGAGGAACACUUCAAGCUCAACAUAGAUCGAAAGGAUGGCAAGCUGAAGCAGAGUUUGACGGAGGCCACGGCUGUCCUGAAACUGUUGGAGUCCACUGUGGGCUUCGCUAAGACGCAACGAUUGGGAUAUCUGACGUCCUGUCCGAUGAAUCUGGGCAUUGCCAUGGUGGCCAGCUAUGUCCUGAGAUUGCCAAAUUUGAUGCUGGCGAAAAAGGAGCUGGUGGACUGGUGCAAGACCCGUGAUGUCAUUGCGCGUGGCGUUUUGGAUCAGCAGGGGCUGCGCGUCGACGGUGUCCUGGAGAUCUCGCACCGUCAAAAGAUUGGAAUCCGUGCAGAGGACAUGGUGGCGGAGCUGUCGCAGGAGGCGUCGCUGCUGUGCCGCGCAGAGGCCUUGGUGGUGCAGGAGGGAUUGCCUGUGCAGGAAGCCCUUGAUUUGGUGAAGCCGCGGGAGUUGACACCGAUUCUGGGCACCUUGACGCAGGACGCGAUUGCAAUGGAUGCCUGGGCCUUCUCUGGAGAUCAAAUGGGAAUGCUGAUCUCCAACGCCAUGAUUCUGGAGGAGGUGGAAGCGGCCAAGGUGAAGUUUGGUCAAGCCUUGAUGGCUGGCACCUUGGGGUCCGAGCUCACCAGCCGUGCCAAUGCCUGGCAGCAGGAUGAAUUUGAUUUGGGCGGGGAGCGAGAGGAAGAGUUUGAGCGCCAGAAAGCCGAAGCGGCGAUUCGGAUCCAGGCCAUCCAGCGUGGACGGCAAGAACGGGUGAAGGCGGAGCAAAGGGCGAAGGGAAAGCAGGAACCCUCGGUGCCCGCAAAAGAGGCUGGGCUGCGGCCAGACAUCGAGGCCCGAAAAGCCAUGCUUCGAGAAGCCCUGGAGGUGGCGCUGAGCGACGGCACGUUGGAACAGGUGCUGAUGGACUGCAGCCCCAAGGUUGAGAAGGAUCAGGAAGUUGAAGUUGGGUCAGGGCACAGGAAGCAGGAUUCAGCCCAGCACAGCCAGGACAUCCGGAUGAUGGCCCGCAAAUGCCUGACAGAUGCAGUCAGUGAUGGACGCUUGCAGAAGGUCGCCAUGGAGAAGGCGUCCCAGAAACACCUGCAGCUCCGCGAACAGAUCUCCGCGCAGCUGAUGAGCGCGGCAGAGGAUGGACGCCUUGAGGCCGCCUUGGCGCGGCAGGUGCAGAAGGGCAAGAUCGUGGACGAGGUCAUUGACGUGAAGAAGGGAAUGAGUGUCACCAACAUGAGGCGGCAGCAAAGCGGGCACGUCCUUCAAUUCACUGCAACUGAUGUGUUGGUGAAGCUUGGCCAAGAGUCCAAAGAGCCAACGAACCCACCAGAGGUCAACGGCUGUGGUGAUAGCACGUCAGUGAUGGUGGUUCGGAAGGACGAGCUGGUUGGUGAGAUCAUCGACGUGAGGAAGGGAAUGCGUGUCACCAACACGCGUUUCCAACAGAAUGGGCAGGUCAUGCAGUAUACUGCAACAGAUGUUUUGGUGAAAUAUGCAGAUGGCAAGAUGGAGUGGACAGAGAUUGAAGACUUGAAAAAACUGGUGGUGCCAAACAGCCCUUGUGGGGAAGAGCUUCGAAAGCAGCUGGGUGCACAGCUGCUGGCGGCCGCGGAUGAUGGUUCUUUAGAGGCCAUGCUGAGAAACAAGGCUGAAGCCAAGGCGGAAGACUUGCGACUGGAGAUUGGACAACAGCUGCUGAAUGCUGUUGAAGAUGGGAGUCUUGAGAAGAUCCUUCAAGAGAAGGCCACUUCUCUGGCCGAGCAGGUCAGGCUGCGGGUGGGGCAGCAACUGGUGGCUGCCGCAAGGGAUGGGCGUCUGGAGGCAGCGCUCUUGCGACAGCAGGCUCCCAAGAUCGACCACCUGGAGAGCGUUCGGCAGCAGACCGCUGCGCGGCUCCUGGCAGCCGCAGAGGACGGUCGCUUGGACCGUGCCCUGGGCCACAGCGACUUGGAGGCGGCGCGGCAGCGCUUGGCAGCCAACUUCCUGGCAUCGGCAGAGGACGGUCGCCUGCAACGUUUGCUGAGCGCUGGGAACGACCUGGACGCGCUGCGGCAGCGCGUCUCCCAGCAGCUCUUGGCCGCCGCGGAGGACGGGCGUCUGGAGAAGGCCAUGCAGAAACGCAGCGAGGCUGUGCAAGACUUGGUGCGUGGUAAGGCGGCCAUCUCCCUACUGAAAGCUGCCGAGGACGGUCAGCUGGAGGAGUUGUUGAUCAAGGGCAGUCUGGAUGACAUCAGGAGCAGAAUCGCGAUAAGCAUGUUCGAAGCCGCUGAGACAGAUCGUUUGGAAGAAGCUUUGAGGGGCGAUAAGCCUCAGGAGCUUCGGGUGGCAGCCACGACGCUAGUGCCAUGGUCCGAUGUGGUGCCGGAUGAGAUCCAAAACACGGAACUCAUUGCGCAGGCACAUCUCGCAGCCCAGGGGCAGCUGAAUAUCGGAGCCCCGGCGGCGCAAAGCACGCUGCUGCGCUACGAACGCAGGAUUGGCACCUUAGUGGCUCAGAUCCAUCAGGCGGAGAAGGAGAGCCUCACGAAGAGCGCAGAGGCGGCCAGCCUCGAAGUAGCCCUACAGGAGGCAGAAAUGGAGCUGCGACGCGUGAACCAGGACUUCGAAAGCCAGAAAUUGCUGAUCGGGAACGAGGAAUUGCGCACCUUGCAGCUGCAAGAUCGACAACGGCAGCUGAUGGAUCAGCUUGAUCAAGAGACCCUGAAAGCCAAGCACGCACGCAUCGAGUGGCGUACGUCUAAGAUGGGCGUGCGCUGCUGGCGCCUAAGAAUCGAAUUUCUGGUGGUGACGCUGGUGGCCCUGUCGAAACUGCUGGACGUGAGCUCACCCCUCCGAGCCAGUGCAGGCAUUGACCUCAAUGGAAUGGAGGCGAUGGUUCUCCAACUGGGAAGCCAAGCUUCGCCAGAGAAAAUGAAGCCGCUGUUUGACCAAUUCCGCACGCUGCUUCGGGAGGAGAUGCUUCCGAGCCUCCAACAAGAACGAGGCGCUGCCAAUAGCUUGUUGGAGGAGGCGGCCAAAGGAUUUGAAAGUUGCCACGGGGUCAACGGUAGCCGGAUUCCAACGCUGGUGGCUGAGCACCAAACGUGUCGUUCAGAGGAAUUCCGCCUGAAAAUGGCCCAGUCCUCAAGCUGCAAUCGCUCCAACAUCAUGGCAGAUAUCCAGCAAAAGACCUGCAAGGCCUUCGAAGAUUUGGAUGUCUAUCCCUCGGAAGUGCCGUUGGUGUGCAACAAGGACCUGCAGGUGGACAGCAGCCAUGAGGCCCACGCCAAACGCGUGCGGGACUUCUAUGCAACGAAAGUGCAUGCGCUGUUGAACGCUCAGGCGAUUUGCGAAGACAGCACCAAGCAGAUGUCCGUUCUGCAACGAAGCUGCCAGAACGCCACGCUGAGUCUCAAAGCCAAAAGUGACUCGUGCUUGACCAUCCAGAGGAGCCUCGAUGAUUUUGCAUGUGAGGCCUGGACGGAUCACUAUGCCUGUGAAAAACGAAACUCCUGCCUGUCCCAAGCGCAGCAUAGAUAUUUGAAUGCCAAUGGCACCGGUGUCAGCACCGAAGCGGAGCUCAGGUCCCAGUUCCGCGCAGUGAAACGUAUCGAGUGCCUUUUAGACGCCAUGGAGAUGAACAAAGGGGUGGAGGAGUGUAGGCACAAGAUCUAUGAUGCAAGUGCCAUGGCUCUGAGCUACCCUUUCUUCCAGGACAGGGUGCCUCAGAUGCCCAACGUCUCCAGCUGCAAGAAGCCUCUGUUCCAACAGCCUGGAAGUCCCGGCUACGUGAAAGAAGUCUACGACUUGCCCGCCAAGUCCUCUACGCCAGCUGUAUGCACGGCAGAGUGCUGCAGCCGAUGCGAGUUCUUCACGUGCAAUGCUAGCUCAGUCCUAAAACCUGGAGCAAAGACACGGUGGGGAUUUUCCCAAGAGAUCUGUUGCGAGCGCCCACCGGAGAUCCAGUGGAAAGCGGACGAGUGGCCACCAGCGGUUUGCUCCAAAGAGUGUGGGCUGCAUGAAGUGCACGAGACACGCAAAGUGCUGUGCUGGGACGCAGCAAAUUUGGCAGAAGUGGACGUGGCUUUGUGCAGUGCCUUGAAGCAGCCAUCCCAGACGCGAGUCCGCUGUCCCGCGACAGCCAGCUGUGGGACUUGCAAGGCGACCAGCUGCCCCGAGGGCCAUGUCGCCAAGCUGCAACCUCCCAGCAGCUGUGCAGGUCCAUGCACCGCUGCAGAGUGCUGCGAUCGGCUUUGCUCCGCGGAAGACUGCCCGGUGGGCCACAGCCCCAAGUCGCCAGCUCCCACAUGUACAAAUUGCACAGUGGCCACGUGUUGCGAUCCAACGCGGUGGAGUUUCGAGGAGUGGAAACAGCGAAACGAGUGUGACAGUAGCUGCGGGCAGCCGGAAGUGAUACAGCAUCGCUCGGUGCUUUGCAAAGCCUACCCCGUCGAGGACGCCGGACAGAUGGUGCGCAACGACCUCUGUGAGGGCCCGAUGCCGGCCACCUCACGGGUGCCGCCUCCAUAA